UGCCCGCGAUGGUGGCAGGGCUGCUGGGCGGCGGCGGCGGGGUCCGCGCGGGGACCGUGCCGGGCGUCUGGCUGUGCCUGAUGGCGCUGCUGCAGCUGCUGAGCUCUGCGCCGCGGGGCUCGGGGCUGGCGCACGGCCGCCGCCUCAUCUGCUGGCAGGCGCUGCUGCAGUGCCAGGGGGAGCCGGAGUGCAGCUACGCCUACAACCAGUACGCCGAGGCGUGCGCGCCGGUGCUGGCGCAGCGCGGCGGAGGCGACACGCCGGGGACCGCCGCCGCCGCCGCCUUCCCGGCCUCGGCCGCCUCGUUCUCGUCACGCUGGCGCUGCCCGAGCCACUGCAUCUCGGCGCUCAUUCAGCUCAACCACACGCGCCGCGGGCCCGCCCUGGAGGACUGUGACUGCGCGCAGGACGAGAACUGCAAGUCCACCAAGCGCGCCAUUGAGCCGUGCCUGCCCCGGACGAGCAGCGGCGGCUCGGGCGGCCCGGGCGCGGGCGGGGUCAUGGGCUGCACCGAGGCCCGGCGGCGCUGCGAUCGCGACAGCCGCUGCAACCUGGCCCUCAGCCGCUACCUGACCUACUGCGGCAAGCUCUUCAACGGGCUGCGCUGCACCGACGAGUGCCGCACGGUCAUCGAGGACAUGCUGGCCGUGCCUAAGGCGGCGCUGCUCAACGACUGCGUGUGCGACGGCCUGGAGCGGCCCAUCUGCGAGUCGGUCAAGGAGAACAUGGCCCGCCUGUGCUUCGGGGCCGAGCUGGGCAAUGGCCCAGGCAGCAGCGGCUCGGACGGGGGCCUGGACGACUACUACGACGAGGACUACGACGACGAGCAGCGCGGCGGGGGCGCGGGCGGCGAGCAGCUGCUGGACGACGACGACGGCGUCCCGCACCCGCCGCGCCCGGGCGGCGGCGCUGCAGCGGCAGGCGGCCGCGGGGACCUGCCUUACGGGCCCGGGCGCAGGAGCAGCGGCGGUGGCCGCUUGGCGCCCGGAGGCUCCUGGACCCCGCUGGCCUCCAUCUUGCUGCUGCUGCUGCUGCUCCCGCUGCUCUUUUAGCCCUAGCGCCUCCCGCCAUAGGCUGCGGGAGGGCCCGCGCCGAAGCACCUGUGGC